AUGUCGUUGAACGUCACGUGUAAUUCCGAGCCAUCAAAGCCUCAAUCGGCGCUCUCGUGGCUAAUCAAUGGCGAAUCGGCGGAUGAAAGCUAUUUGCGAAACGUAUCUCAAGUGAAACGUACGGAUGGUCUGCAGAGAUCGUCUCUUCAAUUACAGUUCAACGCAGAGAGGCAUCAAUUUAUUGGUGGCAUAAUUAAGCUCCGGUGCACAAGUGUUAUAUCGCAGGCCUACUCCAUGAGCAGCGAAGAAAUUAUUGUCUCCGAUCACGCGAAGGCAUCGCACACUCACUCAGUGCACGAGAGUGAGGGCCCUAUCAUUAGUGGUGGGCGACCCACCUAUCAUGUCGGCGAUCUCAUUAACCUGACGUGUACCUCAUCCAAGUCCUAUCCGGCGCCACAGCUUAAGUUCUUCAUUAAUGACAAGGAGGCCAGACCUGAAUACUUGAGAUAUCACCCAAAAGUGCAAUUCCAAGACGGGAAUGAAGUGUCGGUUCUGGGCUUACAGUUGAGAGUAAAUCCGACACAUUUUGGCGGCUCUUCCACUAAUGGCAAACGAAAGACAUACUCUUCGGGCAAAGAUAAUCAACAAAUUAAAUUGAAAUGCACGGCAACUCUAGAGAAAGUGAUCGACACUUCCAGUAGUAAUGUAAUAAUAGGAAGCAGUCAACAGAGCUCUGGAUUACAUAUUGCUGAAAACAAAGCCGUAAAUAUGAAUAGAGGACAGACAUUAUUGUCGACACAAAUUCUUCUGCUGUUAAUAUGUUGUUAUACAACCGUUUGGUAUUCACGAUCAUAAAACCAAUGGAAACACCAAAAAUAUUUAUAUAUAUAUUGUACAUCUAUUACA